UAGACCGCGAUCGGUGAUAAUAGGAUUCUCAGGUUUGACAUCUUGAAUUGCUGUAAAAAAACAACACUUGUCUUCCUUGGGUAGCCCUUGCCGAGAAACAAUACGACAAGGUCAUCAGGUCAAAUGGCGGAUAUCGAGCAACCGGGUCCGGUCGUUUCUCAGGCAAAGCACGUCCUGUACUGCGAAGUCUGCACACUACCAGCAGAGUACUGUGAGUUCGGUGGAACGGCGAAAAAGUGCGAAGAAUGGCUGAAGGACACGCACCCAGAUGCGUAUCAGCAGCUAUACUCUGAAGAAGCCUUGAACUCCAAAUUAUCUUCACUUUCAGUAUCUGCACAGGAGCGCGCCGCCAAGGAUGCAGCUAAGAAGGAGGCAAAGGCUGCUGCAGCAGAGGCGCGAGAUGCGGAGCGUAAGGCGGCCUCGAAGGUACAAAUCAAACGUGUUGAACGUAACAAGCGCAAACAUGUCACCGUCAUCACAGGUCUGGAUAUAUACGGAUUGGAAAACAAGAAGCUCGCCAAAGAGCUUGGCAAGAAAUUCGCAACUGGUUCCUCCAUGACACGCUCUGCUGGGGGCACCGAGGAGAUUACAGUCCAGGGUGAUGUCAGUGAGGAUGUGAAAGAAUGGCUACUGGAAUUCUAUGGCAAGGAGAUCCCCGAGGCCAACAUUGAGCUCAUUGAGGACAAGAAGAAGAAGUCGAGCAAUUGAUUCAAUUCCUGCCAACGGUCUAUUAGAUGAUAGGAGAUUAAACGCCUAAGGUACUAAGCCCGGAUAUCUGAAUGCAUCUGGGUAUCAUAUCAUCAUACACAGAAAAGCCAAUACAAAUGAAUGAAGUCGAGGCCGGCCUUGACCUUCAAGCUAAGAGUGUAAGCGCAGGACAAACUUAUAGCUCAUCGAGAAAAUUUAGGGGAUCGUUGUCAGGA